AUGUCUAACAUUCAUCUUUACACAACUCAGACGCCCAAUGGCAUCAAGAUCUCCAUCACACUCGAGGAGCUAGGCUUGCCUUACGAGUUCACCAAGAUUGACAUCUCGAAGAACACCCAGAAAGAGCAGUGGUUCCUGGACAUCAAUCCCAAUGGACGCAUUCCAGCUUUGACUGACACCUUCACUGACGGAAAGCCCAUUAGAGUUUUCGAAAGCGGAAGUAUCAUGCAGUACCUUGUCGAAAGAUAUGACAAGGACCACAAAAUCAGCUUUCCGGCAGGAACACGAGAGCACGUAGAGAUGACUAGCUGGAUCUUUUUUAUGAACAGCGGUGUUGGUCCGAUGCAGGGGCAAGCCAACCAUUUUACCCGUUACGCUCCAGAACACAUAGAGUAUGGCGUCAACAGGUACCAGAACGAGACUCGACGAUUAUAUGGCGUUCUGGACACGCAUCUAAAGGACAACAACUAUGAGUAUCUCGUUGAUAACAAGCUAACGAUUGCCGACAUUGCCCACUGGGGCUGGGUUAGUGCCGCAGGUUGGGCAGGCAUCAACAUCGAGGAGUUCCCAAAUCUCAAGGCUUGGGAGGAACGGCUUUGGUCGAGACCGGCAUUGCAGAAGGGAGCCAACGUUCCCGAUCCAUACAGGAUGAAGGAGCUGCUAGCUGACAAAGACGCGAUGGAAAAGCAUGCAGCAGCGAGCAAGGCUUGGAUUCAGCAGGGCAUGAAGGAUGACGCUAAGAAAUAG